GGUGAGGACUUGGAUGGACAAGGCCUAGCACGGUGACCGCAUUAUGGCACGGGCCAUGUGGGGUGGUUUCGAGCUCUACUUCGUAAUCCAGCACCUUCUUCGAAGGCAAGUCAUCAACGCAGCUUUCACCGUAGCUGCUGCCUCAACAGCACCAAAUCGCACUCUCAAUUUCUCCUACACUCCACCUCACCCACCACCCAUACUUACACCAGCUGUACAUACGCACACAACACUACAUACGUCACACCCCACCUUACUAAACGCACCCACGACGACACACGAUAGCUCCACCCACAGCGCCCGCCGACAAGCUGUCGAAGCGCAAGCAUUCCAGCGAGGACUCUAGUCCAACCAAGAAAAUUAUGACAGACAAAAUGCAGGUCGACGACCCUCCAGCCGCCGUCGAGCAGCUCAAGGAGGCGUCUGGCAACAACGGCGAGAUCGACGAGUCGCUCUACAGCCGACAACUGUACGUGCUCGGCCACGAGGCCAUGAAGCGCAUGGGCUCAUCCAAUGUUCUCGUAGCGGGCAUGCGGGGUCUCGGUGUCGAGAUCGCGAAGAACAUUGCCCUCGCCGGUGUCAAGUCGUUAACGCUCUACGACCCCAAGCCCGCCGCCCUCGCCGAUCUCUCGUCACAGUUCUUCCUCCGCCCAGACGACGUCGGUAAGCCGCGCGCCACCGUCACCGUCCCACGAGUCUCGGAGCUCAACCCAUACACACCUGUGCAGGAAUAUACUGGCAAGGACCUAACGUCAGACCUGUCUCAGUUGAAGCAGUUCCAGGUCAUCGUCUUGACCGAUACACUGCUGAAGGAUCAGGUCACGAUCGCAGACUACUGCCACGAGAACGGCAUCUAUAUUGUCAUCACCGACACCUUCGGUCUGUUCGGCUCAAUCUUCACCGACUUCGGCAAGAACUUCACCAUCGGCGACCCCACCGGCGAGAACGUUACAAAUGGAAUCAUUGCUGGCAUUGAUUCGGAGGGUCUUGUUUCGGCGCUCGAUGAGACGCGCCACGGUCUUGAGGACGGUGACUGGGUCACAUUCUCUGAGGUCAAGGGUAUGGAGGGCUUGAACGACUGUGCCCCUCGCAAGAUCGAGGUCAAGGGACCAUACACAUUCUCCAUUGGCGACGUCUCUGGGCUGGGCGAGUACAAGAGUGGAGGCCAGUACAUUCAGGUCAAGAUGCCCAAGAUCGUCAACUUCGAGCCACUCAGCCAGCAGCUGAAGAAGCCCGAGCUCCUGAUCUCCGAUUUCGCAAAGUUCGACCGUCCGCAGCAGCUCCACAUUGGUAUCCAGGCUCUGCACGAGUUCGCCGAGAGUCACAACGGCGAGUUCCCGCGACCACACAACGAGGCUGACGCAGCCGAGGUUCUGAAGCUUGCACAGGGCUUGGCUGGACAGGGCGAGGACAAAGUCGAGCUCGACGAGAAGCUGAUCAAGGAGCUCAGCUACCAGGCCCGCGGCGAUCUCAGUCCCGUCGCUGCUUUCUUCGGUGGCCUGGCUGCGCAAGAGGUGCUCAAGUCUGUCUCCGGAAAGUUCCACCCGAUCAUGCAGUGGCUGUACUUUGACUCGCUUGAGUCGCUUCCCACCUCCACAGCACGCUCGGAGAAGGACUGCGCUCCGAUUGGCUCCCGCUACGAUGGUCAGAUCGCGGUUCUCGGUCAGGAGUACCAGAAGAAGCUUGGCAACGUCAAGCAGUUCCUCGUUGGUGCCGGUGCCAUUGGCUGCGAAAUGCUGAAGAACUGGGCGCUGAUGGGUCUGGCUGCCGGGCCUGGUGGCAAGAUCACCGUCACCGACAACGACCAGAUCGAGAAGAGCAACUUGAACCGCCAGUUCCUAUUCCGUCCCCACGAUGUCGGCUCGUUGAAGUCUGCAGCAGCUGCAAAGGCUGUCCAGGCCAUGAACCCUGAUCUCAACAACAAGAUCGAGGUUCUGUCCGACAAGGUUGGCCCAGACACAGAAGAAAUCUUCAACGAGACGUUCUGGAACUCGCUAGACGGCGUCACCAACGCUCUUGACAAUGUCGAGGCCCGCACAUACGUCGACCGCCGAUGCGUCUUCUUCCGCAAGCCUCUGCUCGAUAGCGGUACUCUCGGCACCAAGGGCAAUACCCAGGUCGUUCUUCCGUUCAUCACAGAGUCCUACUCUUCGUCGCAAGACCCGCCGGAGAAGUCGUUCCCCAUGUGCACGCUGCGUAGUUUCCCGAACCGAAUUGAGCACACCAUCGCGUGGGCACGCGAGAUGUUCGACUCGCUGUUCGUCAAGGGUCCGGAAGUUGUCAACCUUUACCUCACACAGCCCGACUACCUAGGCGCAUCAUUGAAGCAGUCUGGCAAUGAGAAGCAGACACUAGAGACACUGCGUGACUUCUUGGUUACAGAGAAGCCUCUUACAUUUGACGACUGCAUCAUCUGGGCCCGUCAGCAGUUUGAGAAGAGCUACAACCACAGCAUUGCGCAGCUGCUGUACAAUUUCCCCAAGGACUCCACAACUGGAUCUGGUCAAGCAUUCUGGUCCGGACCCAAGCGUGCACCGGACCCGUUGAAGUUCGACGCCUCGAAUCCCACACACGCUACCUUCGUCGAGGCUGCCGCUAUCCUGCACGCGUACAACUACGGAAUCAAACCGAACGCGACCAAGGAGCACUACCUCGAGGUUCUGAACGACAUGAUUGUUCCUGACUUCAGACCCGACCCGACGGUCAAGAUCCAAGCGAGCGAGAACGAGCCCGACCCAAAUGCCAACGCGCCUCCCAUGGAUGAUAACAACGAGCUGGACGAGAUGAUUAGCCAGCUGCCGUCGCCUAAGUCGCUCGCUGGCUUCAAGCUGGAGCCUGUUGAGUUCGAGAAGGACGACGACACAAAUCACCACAUCGACUUCAUCACGGCAUGCAGUAACCUGCGGGCCGAGAACUACAAGAUCGAGCAGGCGGACCGUCACAAGACCAAGUUCAUUGCUGGCAAGAUCAUCCCUGCGAUCGCGACGACGACGGCGCUGGUCACUGGUCUUGUCAACCUCGAGCUUUACAAGGUGGUUGAUGGCAAGGAUGACAUUGAGCAGUACAAGAACGGGUUCAUCAACCUGGCGCUACCCUUCUUCGGUUUCAGCGAGCCCAUUGCCAGCCCGAAGGGCACAUACGCUGGGCCAGACGGCGAUGUCACGAUCGAUAGGCUAUGGGAUCGCUUCGAGGUUGAGGACAUGACGCUGAAGGAGUUUGUCGAGCACUUCAAGCAGAAGGGGCUCGACAUCCAGAUGGUCAGCUCUGGGGUCAGUUUGCUUUACGCAUCGUUCUAUCCUCCGGCCAAGCUGAAGGACAGGAUGGGACUGAGCAUGAGCAAGCUCGUCGAGCACGUCAGCAAGAAGGCCGUUCCCGAGCACCAGAAGAACGUCAUCUUCGAGAUCACGGCGGAGGACCAGAAUGAGGAGGACGUCGAGAUUCCGUACGUGAUGGUCAAGCUGAAGUAGGAACGCGGUGGAGGAGUGGGGUUGCUUAGUAGAGAUGUGUGGCAUGGAGACGAUGAGGAUGAAGAUGACGAUACAUGAACUGCAUAAAUAGACAUAGUUCACGUGACGAAUUGCAUGGAUAGACAUGGCUCACGUGACUGACCAUGACAAACGUGAGGAAUGCACCGAGUAGGUCCGGUCUCGGUGGGGCAAGCUAAAGCGUCAGCCCUACAAUGGCGGGAUG